AUGUCCGACAACGAUGUUGAGCAACCUCCUGGAAAUUCGGGCAGCUGCAGGGCCGCCAAGGCUGGGCAACGCCGAAAGAGUGCGGCUGGUGGCUCAUUGCAACGACAAAGCGCCACUGGAGGAGAACAGGCAGCAGGUGCUGCUGGAGCUCACCGACACAUCUUCCACUGCCGAACGAUCCGGGCUGGACCUCGUGGCUGUCCUGGACGUCAGUGGAAGCAUGGGGGCUGGAAGCUGGAGAAGCUGAAGACGGCCAUGAAGUUUGUCAUCAGCAAGCUCAGCCCCAUAGACCGCCUCUCCAUCGUCUCCUUCUCCACCGAGGCCAAGAGGCUGUUCCACCUGCGCUCCAUGACGGAGGCCACCAAGGCAGAGCUGACGGACAUGGUCGAAAAUCGUCUGAAUGCCAGCGGAUCCACCAACAUGGAGGCCGGCCUCGAGACCGGCCUCAAGGGCCCUGGCGAUGCUACUGUUGUCCCAAUUGACGACGAUGUGGGGGCUGUCUACACGUUCGGUUUUGGUGCAGACCAGGACUCCAAGGUGCUGGAGGCGAUUGCGAGAAACAGCCAUGGAGGAACGUUCUAUGACGUCGGGGACGGGGAGAGCCUUGCCGUUCAUUUUUCGCAGAUCAUGGCCGGCCUCCUCAGCGUCGUGGUCCAGGACCUCCAGCUCACCGUGUGGGAAACCACAGGCCACUCCAGGAUAGACGACAACAGGGUGGACGCCGGGUGCUACCCCAAGGACACCGACAACCGUGCCCGCUCGGUCACAGUAACAUUCGGCUAUCUCUACAGCGGGAAGUGCGCAAGGUUAUGGUUGACCUCCUUCUCCCUGCAGUCCAACGAGAGUACAGCGCGCCCGCCAUCAUCGCUCAAUGCUCCUACAGGUCGAGCUGGAGAAGCUCCUCACGCUGACAACGUGUGGAAGGAGCUCCUCGCCUGCCUGCUGGCGUCCGUGAGGUCGCACCUUACCCAGCGCUACGCGGGGAGGCACGACGUCAGCGUCCGAAUAUUCGCCACGGAGCGCAUGGACAGGUACAUGGAGCAGGCAAGCAAGUUUGAGGAGGACCCCGACAAGCCGCCGCCAUCGGUGGACGACGACGUCCAGGCGGAGGCAGAGAUGGUCAAGAGGACAUGGGUGCCGCAACGGUCACCGGAGCAACGGGGGACCUCGAGGAUAUGGGCGGGGUCGCGUGAGCGCAGCAGCUCCGGGUGGGCGUGGGCGACGGUCCUCGCGUGCACGGCGCUGGCCGUCGGAGUCAUCCUGGCCGGCGUCGCGGUGUUCGCCGUGUACCUCCUCUACAGGCCCAGCAUGCCGUACCUGGCGGUCUCCGACGCGCACCUGGAGCGGCUGGAGUACGGCCAGGACGGCGCCAUAGACUACCUUCAGGCGUCCAUCACCGUUAUGGCCGUGAACAACAACUCCAAGACCGACGCCUCCUUCUCCAGCAUGGACCUCGUCCUGGGGUUCCACGGCGCCGACGUGGCGCUCCUGCGGGCGCAGCCGUUCGUGGUGCCGCGAGAGAGCUCGCUGCCGCUGCCGUACCGUGUCGUGUCGGCGGGGCGGGCGCUGGAUGCUGCCGGGAUGCAGGCAAUGGACGAGGCGCUCAAGGCCGGCGUGGUGCCGUUCGACCUGUUCGGCAAGGCGCGCACGCGGUGGAAGGUGGAGUCUUUGCCAACCUCCGGUUUUGAUGCGCAUCUCCUGCCGCCUCCGCUUCUUCUUCCCCGGUAA